AUGCGAACCAUCGGCGAUGUGGAGUUGAACAGGCGGGCUCCUAUCGACAAGAAGACUACAGCCGGACCUCGAGAGUUGAUUAGGCGGACUCCCGAUGUUGAUGCUACAGCCGACUCUUCGGGCGAUGAAACCAAUUCUCUUUUUACAUCUGUUCCUUCUACUUGCCCUUCUUAUAUGACAAGAAAAUCAUUGAACACCAACACUUCACUCGAAAGUGUUGUGCAAGAUGUCAAUAUUGACACUGAGCUUGCACCCAUUGAGAGUGCUCAUAAUCGGCGCAGGCGAUGGACACGAGAAAUGAAUACGUUCAUACUGCGUACUUAUCUUCAAUUAACUGAAUUAAAUUUAGACACAAGAUCUUAUCUUGAACCACUCCACUCAAAAUUUACAGAGAAAUUUCCAAACAUGCAAGUUAGUCGACAAAGAAUAGGAGAUCAACGUAAAGCUAUAGUCCGAAACAAACUGUUACCACAAAAUAUAAUAGACCAGAUAUACGAUGAAGUAAAAACAGAAUUAACCCAAAUGAAUAACAGCAUUUCGUCACAUUACACCCAAAAACCAAAACACCAUCAUGCUCUACAAGUUGAGUCAGUUAAGUCACAAACACAUUGUUUACCCUCAGAAGUUCCUAUCGUUAGUAACACUACACAACGCCGGAUGAGAUGGACCCGUGAACACAAUGAAGCAAUAAUUCGAUCAUACUAUAGAAUAACAUCCUUAGGCUUAAAUAACAGUGCAUAUCGAAAACAACUGUACAAUGAUUUCAUAAACCGAUUCCCUUCAUUAACAUUUCUAAAUGAGCAACGAGUAGCUGACCAGAGGAGAGCAAUUGUAAAUAAUAAAUAUAUCGAUAGUAAUAGAUUAAGUGAGUUAAAGCUAGAAGUAUCUAAAGAAUUACAAGUAAAUAGUAGAGAGAUAAGCAACUGCAUCGAUGUCACAAAUUCUGUAUGCGAUAACACCAACAUUCAGUUUACAAAUAACAGUAAAAACACUAUACAACAACCUUCAGUUAAUAAUCAGUCAUUAAUUAUGGAUACCGUAAACGACUCAGGUGAACCACAAAGUGAAAUAAUUAAUGGAAAUAGGCAUUUGGAAAUUGACCAGAUUUUUCAACAAACAUUUGAAUUUUACAAAAACACUGAACCAGAAAAUAGAACUUACAUACCCAAACAAAAACCAUCCAAAAAAUUUGCAAAUAUAGUCAACUACUUGAAUGAAGUAACAAUACCUGAGAAUGUUAAUGAAAAUACAGACUUUUUAACACUACAAACUAUAAUAUACUGUGCAGCUUUCACCGCUGCUAAAGCUAAUGGGUCAAAAAUAAAUUUACAAAUUCACACACAACAUCCUAAAAAUAAAACAGAACAUAAACCGAAUUGGCAGAAACGCUUAGAAUGA